GGGGAAGGUUUAUUGUACAGUUGCUUCAAAGGUAAGUGCAAUAAAGUUCCAUUAUUUGAGAUAAACACGCCUGUCCGAUGGCUGUUGAUAUAUCAAUUCCCAUUUUACAGAUUUGUAUGUUAUUAACAAGCAUUAACAUCUCACACGCAGGAUACCUGACCCUAUUUAAAUACAGUACUGUCAUGUUUGAUGGUUAAAACAUAAGUACCAAAGAGAAAGCAAUUAUAACUGGAGAGUCAUCCCUACUUUCUAGUUGCAGGGAGACAGGGCUUGCAAACAAACACACUUCGCAUAAUUCAUCAUAUGUGCCACCACUAGCCACUCUUGACGCUGAGGUUUGUGCGCUGAAACACAGAAGCGGGCGGUGCUGUCCGUUUGCUUCGUGGAAAACGUAGAAAGUAUGUCUUCUCCUAUCCACUUUGCUUAGGCUCGCUCUGCGCCCUAAUAGCCACAACUGCUGGAAGGGCAAUUCAUUGCGUAAGGUCUCGCGGCCGUGCUGUCAAUGCGAAGGCGGCAAAAUUGGGGGGGGGGGCUCCUCUCACACGACUUGCUUGGACAGCAGGUGCGCAGGGGAAAUCGUUCCGAGUUGUCUCUCAGCAAGGGCUCCCCUCCCCCUCCCGCCAAAAAAGCAAGCUUUCUUCUUCAGCGUUUGGUAGGCAGGGAUUAAUUUAACACACGGCGGGGGGUUGGGGUGGGGGUCGCGGAAUUCCCCCAAAGCCUUUCCUGAGCACGUAAUUUAAGAAAGCCCGUGCCGUCUUUGAGCAUGUGCAGAGUGCAAAACGUUUCCCAAAUGAAAUUCCCUCACGGAGAGUGCCUUUUUAUUCACAAUAACUGCUAAAGCUCGCAGAUGAAACUAAGGCCGUCACGGUCCACACGGAAACCAUGUAUUUUCAGAAAGUACAGCACCCAGAAGCUCUAGGGAGAGGUGUGUGUGCUCACAGGGAAGCCCCCAUUCCGUUCAGCGAGGAAGAUUCCAGUGCAGGGAUGCGGCCUGAUGGUGCCACCCCGUUGCACGGGCUUGCAACCAAAGUGCAUUAAGUUUGCAAGAGACGCGUGCCCGGUGCCCCGGCCGACUCAAGACGGCUUAACUCGGGGAAGUACAGCUUGCAGACCCGAGCAGGGUGCCCCACUCCCGUCUUCGCCCUUGGCUGCGCUCUCUUGCCGUCAUUCCUAGGUUUCCCCCCUCGCCAUCCCCGCCUAGCAUUUUUCUCCGCGGAGCCUCCCGCGUCGUUGUCCCGCCUCCCCGCCUCGCCUGUCAAGGUACCAAGUCCCUUCCCCUCCUCUCGCCCGCCUGGCCCUUUAAACGUCUCCCCUCCCAGCCCAUCGCCGCCGCUCAGCCGAGGCAGCGCAAGGGGCGGGACGCGUCGCUGAGCGGCGGCUGGCCGGGCCAACGGGCAGCCGGGAAGGAGGCGGGCGCUGCGGGGGUGUCUGUCGGGUUAGAGCGAGGCGUGACCCAGUUGACGCGCGCGGGGAGGAGAGGGGAGUGAGCGCGAGGCGGGGGGACGAAACCGCCGCGUCCGUCUUAGCCUCGCCGUUGCCGCCGCCGCCGGUUGCUCGCUCUCUCCUUCUCUCCCCUCCGCCACCGCCCGGUGUGUUGUCGCCGUCCGAGUCCUCGGAGCCGGGUCAGCAGCGUGCUUCUCCCGCCGCCUGUGAGCCUGGGGAACCUGCAGCUCAAAGCCUCCACCAGCCACAGCACCAUGUACCCUGGGAACAAGCGGAAAAAGAUCUGGAGGGAAGAGAAAGAACGUUUGUUGAAGAUGACGUUGGAGGAGAGACGAAAAGAAUACUUACGGGAUUAUGUUCCUCUGAAAGAUAUCCCAACAUGGAUGGAGGAAAUGAAAAGCAAGACUCAAAGUGAUGAAGAAAAUACUAAGGAAGGUCUGCCAGUGCAGAGAAGUCUGAGUGAGAAAGUCUCCCUCUAUAGAGGAGAUAUCACGGUGCUUGAAGUUGACGCCAUAGUUAAUGCUGCUAAUUCAAGUCUUCUUGGAGGAGGUGGUGUUGAUGGCUGCAUACACAGAGCAGCUGGGCCUUGUCUAGUUGCUGAAUGUCGCAACUUGAGUGGCUGUGAAACAGGGCAAGCAAAAAUCACUUGUGGUUAUGACCUGCCUGCAAAAUAUGUCAUUCAUACCGUGGGCCCUAUAGCACGAGGGCAUAUUAGUGAUAGCCAUAAAGAAGACCUGGCAAAUUGCUACAAGGCAUCGCUGAAACUGGCAAAAGAGAACCUCGUCAGAUCUAUUGCAUUCCCCUGUAUUUCAACAGGAAUUUAUGGUUUUCCUAAUGAGCCAGCUGGAGUCAUUGCACUUACCACAAUCAAGGAAUGGUUAAGCAAGAAUUAUGAAGAGCAGUUUAGGAGAAGAACUCACUGGGUGACCAACCAGGAAGACUGAUCUGGAUGUAACACAGCAUCAUCGUUUGGAGUUUUGUUUCCCCCCCACAAAGCCAGAAAAAAAGAAAAAAGAACAAAAGAAAAUUCAGUGUUUGAAUUUGGGGCUGAUGAAAAUAAAAAGAAUCCUAUUUCAUUUUAUGGCAGGUUGUUGAGCUGUUCUUUGA